UAAUCAAACUGGGAGAAAGGCUUUCUCUGUUUUCCACGGCCAGGCGGUUCUCUAGAACUCCUACGCUAGGAGCCAACGGAUACCAGACACAAUUCAGUGAAAUAAAUAGCAGUGGCGUGAACUGUCACAAUCAAAAAAACAAACCCAACUCGGUAUUGUUUGCCUAAGUUUGGUUGCCUCUCCCCCGCCUCCGCCCCCGCGACUGCAACGGAAAAGCGCAGAGUGAAAAUUGAUUUUUAAAACAGUGCGAACUCUACAAUCAGUGCAACACAAAUUCUAAAUAUAAAAAACCCAGAACGGACGAUAGAAAAGCAACAAGAUGGUGCAGAAAUUCCAGUCCCCCGUUCGCGUCUACAAAUAUCCUUUUGAGCUGGUGAUGAAGGCCUACGAGCGGCGGUUUCCCACAUGCCCGCAGAUGCCCAUCGUGCUGGACUGUGAGGUCAUUAAGGACGAGUCCCUGGAGAACGGGGCCAAGCGGAACACGAGCCGGCGCUGCAAGUUGGCGGUGGACGCGCCGUACAUCUUCAAGAAGCUGAUUGGCGUAGACCAUGUGUACUUCCUGCAGCACAACUUCCUGGACAUGGCCAACCGCACGCUGAGCAUCGAGGCGGUCAACGAGAGCUUCUCGUCCCGCAUCGAGAUCUUCGAGCGGUGUCGCUACUACGCCCACCCAGACAACUCCGAGUGGACCUGCUUCGACCAGUCGGCCACGCUGGACAUUAAGAACUUCUUUGGCUUCGAGCACUCGAUGGAAAAGAUGGGCAUGAAGCAGUACACCCAGACGACGCUGAAGGGCAAGGAAAUCAUUGAGUUCUUUAUCGGGCAGCUGCGCGAGGAAGGCGUCACGCACGUGGAGCGUUGGACAUCGCCCAGUGAUGCACCCAAAUCGCCGAUUCUCGACCAGGCUCUGGAUCAGCAGCACAGCAUCUUGCUGGAUGGCGACUUCAUCGCACGCAGCCUGGGCCAGCUGUCCCCCAUGCAGGAGUCCAAGCUGCUGGAGCUGCGAAAAAUGCUGGAUGGUGUCGAUGACUUGGAGCGUGUGCCCAGUUAUCAGACCAUCCUGCGUUUCUUGGCAGCCAGGGACUGGCAUGUGAGCCAGGCCUACGCCAUGUUGUGCGACUCGCUUCGCUGGCGUCGGGAACACCGCAUAGACGCACUGUUGCAGGAGUACUCCAAGCCGGCCGUGGUGGUGGAACACUUUCCGGGCGGCUGGCACCACCUCGACAAGGACGGUCGACCCGUCUACAUACUGCGCCUGGGACACAUGGACGUCAAGGGCCUGCUGAAGUCGCUGGGCAUGGACGGCCUACUGCGAUUGGCUUUGCACAUCUGCGAGGAAGGCAUUCAGAAGAUCAAUGAAUCCGCCGAACGCCUGGAGAAGCCUGUUCUCAACUGGUCCCUGCUCGUAGACCUGGAGGGUCUUUCCAUGCGGCACCUCUGGCGUCCCGGCAUCAAAGCCCUGCUCAACAUCAUCGAGACUGUGGAGCGCAACUACCCAGAGACCAUGGGCCGUGUCCUAGUGGUGCGGGCGCCCAGAGUGUUUCCCAUUGCAUGGACAAUCGUUAGCGCUUUUAUCGAUGAGCACACCCGAUCCAAGUUCCUAUUCUACGGCCCCGACUGCGCACACAUGAAGGACGGCCUGGCCCAGUACCUCGACGAGGAGAUUGUGCCCGACUUCCUGGGGGGACCCUGCAAGACCAUGAUACACGAGGGCGGACUGGUGCCCAAGACGCUUUACAAGAUGAACUCACUGGAGGAUCACGACGACGAAGUGACCGCCGAGCUGCCCACCACUGCCGCGGCACAGGCUCUGGUUCCAGGCAAGCGCCUUUCCGCCAACCACCAGCACGACCAUCGCAAUCUGUACAAGAGUGUGGAUCUGAAGGCCGGAUUCACGCACGAGCUGCUCAUCCGGAACGAGGAUCCCAAGAGUGUGCUCACCUGGGACUUUGAUGUAAUGCGCAACGAUCUGCACUUUACGCUCUACCGGGUCACCCAGGAGCUUCCGGACAAGAAUGACUCCGCCGUCUCGUACUUUGAUCUGCAAGACUUCAUCGAGGGCGUCAAUUACUUCCGGGAGGAGCCCACACUGAUUUGCCGGCACAAGGAGAGCGUCCAGGGGUCGCACGUGAUGCAUCACAACGACAGCUAUCUUAUGCACUGGUUCAGUCCAUCGGGUGCCCAGUUAAAUGUCUUCUACGAGGUGCUCAGCUCGGCCAACUACAAGGGCUCCAUGACCAGCCUUCAGUCGGCGUUCUCAUCGAACUCGUCGGCGGCCAGCUCGGUGCAGAGUCGAUGAUAUGAAAAAGCCGGGGAGGGCGGUACGAAUGGCGCCGAAUGGAGAUCCCCGGCAUUGGAGGAGCCCAUAGCGGCGAUGGGGGAGGACAUUCUCACGGGCACCCUGAUGGAGAAGAGCCUGAAUCUUUUUGAAACGCCGGACGUAUUCUUUUAAGACCAAAAGUGGUAAUAUCUUGUGUUUUAGUUCUCUUUAGUUGUUUAGCAAAAUGUUAGUUUGAUUUUGAAUUGUAUUUAGCUCAAAUAGGCCAUUUAUUUCCUAUAAAUUUAUUAUAUUCAUUCAAUAUAUUCAAUCAUUCAUAUUAUUGAUAAUCUUAAGAAAAUUAGAAAUAUCAGCGAAUUAGAUGAGCAACACCAAAA